UAAUUUCCUAAAACAAUUAGCGUGUGUGUUUUACCAUAAUUCCAUGCCCUCGUGAAAUCUGCAAUUUAUCUGAAGCAGUGUUUAACGUAUUAACAAUUAUUUGAUGAAUCACAGAAUAUAUGAGAAGCCGAUUUAAAAACAAGCUAAUUGUAGGUCUCCACAUGAACUCAACAGUGCCGUAAAGGAAGCUAAUUUGCUGUAUCGAAAUUGUCUGAUGAGUAAAAAAAAGAUUUGGCUUCACUAUUGUUUAUACUCGUUUUGUUUCACCACAGUGUGGGUUCAGCUGUGGCGGCGGAUCUGUGUGGAGUAGGAACCUGUCGGUGCGCAUGUGUAGACGCGGAUGUACCCGCUCGCCGAUCAGCCAGCCACACAGAUGCGCAGUUUGUUUCGUUCUGUUUCGGCGAAUGGCUGUACGGGAGGAUGUGUAGCUAGCUACUUUGUGAUUCUAGCCGGAGCUACCAAAUAUAAAUAUUUUAAAACGCUGGGGACACCUACAAGUUAAAAUGGACCAGGAGUUUAAGGAUAUGGAUUCAGCAGGGCAAUGGCAGAGCCUGUACAUUGAAAUUCGCGACCAGUCUCAUGAGUGUCCUUAUAAAGUGGCAAAGUUUCCAGAGAAUCGGAACAGAAACCGAUACAGAGACGUCAGCCCAUAUGACCACAGUCGAGUUAAACUAGAAAAUUCAGAAAAUGACUAUAUUAAUGCGAGCCUGGUCAUAGUGGAGGAAGCCCAACGAAGCUACAUAUUGACUCAGGGCCCAUUGAGAAACACUUGCGGCCACUUUUGGUUAAUGAUCUGGGAGCAGAGGACGAAAGCCGUCAUAAUGCUGAACCGAGUCAUUGAGAAAGGAUCGGAAAAGUGUGCGCAGUACUGGCCAACACAGGAAGAGCGGGAAACGUCCUUCAGGGACACGCACUUCGUCGUGACGCUGCUUUCGGAAGACAUCAAGUCCUACUACACGUCGCGGGUGCUGCGGCUGCACAACACCAGCACAGGGGAGUCCAGAGAGAUCUUUCACUUUCAUUACACCACGUGGCCGGACUUCGGGGUCCCGGAGUCCCCCGCCUCCUUCCUCAACUUCCUGUUCGAGGUGCGAGAGUCCGGCAGCCUGGCCACUGAGCACGGGCCUGCGGUGGUUCACUGCAGCGCCGGGAUUGGUCGCUCGGGGACAUUCUCACUGGUGGACUCCUGCCUUGUCCUGAUGGACAAGAGGAAAGACCCCUCCUCUGUGGACAUUCAGAAGGUGCUGCUUGACAUGAGGCAGUACCGCAUGGGGCUGAUCCAAACGCCGGACCAGCUCCGCUUCUCCUACAUGGCUGUCAUCGAGGGAGCCAAGUGCAUCUUGGGAGAUGACUCUGUCCAGACACAAUGGCAGAAGCUCUCCAGGGAGGACCGGGAGCCGGCCCUGGCCCUGCCCCCUCAGCCCCCCAAGAGGCCCACGGACAAGCUCAACGGGAACAGAGUGCCCCACGCCGCGCUGGACGCCGAGCUGGACGCUGAGCUGGACGCCGAGCCCAACCACGAGAGGACGGCGGUGACGGGCGUGGCCGGGAAAGAGCAGGACUUCGACGAGGGCAAAGGAGGCGUCCGGAAGCGCCACAGGGAGGAGAGGAUCGCCGGCACGGCGCAGAAGAUCCAGGAGAUGAAGCAGAGACUGAGCGACUCGGAGAGGAGGAGAAAAAGGUGGCUGUACUGGAAACCCGUUCUCUUGCGUGCCGGGGCCGGCGCGGUGGUGGCCGUCGGAUUGUACGUGUGCUGGAGAAUCUUCUCCUCCCAGUAGAGCAGCUCCUGAGAUUCUAUCGCGCACAGACUGGGUUUUUCUUUCCUUUCAUUUCUUCUACUUCCUCUUUUUUUCUUUUUCUACUUCCUUUUUUUUUUUUUCUUGCGCCGGUACCUGAACGAUGGUGUGUUGUACGCGGUGCUGGCGGUGUGUGCAUAAUGAGAAUGGGUUUUUCCUCGAGGUCUGGAGUCCAACAGCGCACUAGACGGAACCAUGAUUCAGUUUGAGGUUCCAAGUCUAUAACAUCUCAGGUUUUUUUUUUUGGGCGCAGGUUGCGGUGUCUCCCAAAUGUUAACAGGCGUCAGGUGCCUGUGGUUUCAUAGGCAUCGUGGAGCUGAACUCUAUGGUGUGGGGGUGGGGGGGGGGUGUUUUUAUCCAUGUCCCUGAAGCCCGUGCGGACGCAGAAUGCCCUGAUUAAUCUUCAGUCCGUGACCUCGCUCAUGACUGGAGGCAGCGCUUGCGACGCUCGCAGCCUGCUGAUUGGACAGCUGAGCGAUUUCGCCGGUCAUGUGAUGUCGUGGCGAAGGCCGGCAGGUUGCUCCUGCUCCUGCUCCUGCUCCUGCUCGUGUCCGCUCCGGGCUUUCGAUUUACCCGUCCCACGCAGAAGAUGAAAAAGCGUGACCCGUAGAUAAACGGCGUGUGGGGACUCUUGCGGUGGGGGAUCCUUUGUUCAGCGUUUCCUGGUCUGUUCCGUUUCCGCCGUCUUUGAAUAUAUUUUUGUAUGUUUUCUGAGAUUACGAUCAAGCCUCUGGUAGGCGCGUACAUCCAAAACGCUCUUGACUUGAAGAACGGGCGUUAUUGUUGUACCGUUUGUACAUGCUGGAUGAGCUUAAUAUUCAAUAAACCUGCCCUGUCCUCCGCUCCAGUUGUCCAGCCAUUUAAAAGUUUGAGUUCACGUAGACCACAGGCCCUGGAGAGCCAGAGGGGAUGCUGGGUUUUGUUGUCACUCUGCACUUAAUUGGUUUCUUUGGUCUACGUGGUUGUUGCAUUUAAGGUGAAAACAAAAACCAGCAGUCACUGUGGCUCCACAGAACCAAGGUUGGCCACCUCUGAUAUACAGCAAGAGCUCAUUUGGCUGCGUUGUUUUAUUUUGUUACUGAUUAGUCUGCACUGGUGGUAACUCGGGUAGUACACUGGGACCAAAGGUAUUUGGAAUAAAUACGAACAUAAAUAAUAAAUAAUGGAGUAAUAUGGAAUAUAUUAACUUGCUUUUCAAUGGUAAUGAAAUUCGGUAAAUUGGAAUUGUAACAUUAACUGGCAAUGGGUGCUAUUGCGCUAAGUCACUUAAUUAAGGUAUUGAUUCAUCCACGUCAGUGACUGCAGUCAGACCUGUAAAUGGUUCUUGAAUCCAUUGAUACCCAGUAUAAUGUAAAGCAGCAAAUAAGAGAUAAAUCUCAUGCUUACAUCUGAGGCAGAACAGUGGUGCAACUUUAAUUUGCCCCGCCUUCACUUUAGAGUGUAAAGUGUUUUUUUUUUUUGUUUUGUUUUUUUUUUUUGUUUUUGGUAUUCCAGAAAUGUUUUUACUGUUCUAUUUCAUUUCAAUGCAUAAGUAUUAUAUUCAAGCACUUAUAGCUGUUCUUCGCUGUUUGAGAUGGAAACGGUGUUUCUGAAUGUAGUCAUCAGGAAAGCUCCCCUUAUGUGUGUGCCUUCAAGAGAAUAUACUAAGUUGCUUCCAUCAUGACACCUAAACAGCGAGACAUUCACUGGUUGUGUAGUCUGAUAGGUUGUAUGGUAAAUCUCAGAUCCUGAUAGUGCUUUAGUAUUACUGUAGAAUGUAUGUUGAUGUUGAGCUGUUCUGGAACCAGUUUUCAUCCACCCUGACUAAACCAAAGGCUUUGAUUAGUGAGGCCAGCCGCCUUGUUAGUCCAGGGGGCCAAUGUAGAAUUAUAAUGGUGAAGUCGGCCCCGGCCUGAAUCAUAAGCUUGGGGGGUGGGGGGGGGGGGCUGUUGUGUUUGUAAUGACUGACUCGUAAACCAACCUUGAGGCUAUAAUUUUUGUGUUUUUUUUUAAUUUUUUAAAACUGCAAUAUUGGAUCACUUCAGCUAUGUAGUCCAGUCAGCAGGCCUCUGCCCAUUGAGCUGAAUGACACACAAAGCCAGCGGCGCCACUGCAGGAAGCUAACGGUGCCCUCCACACGCGGUUCAGAUUUGCGGUCGCGGUGCCGCGUCGCGACCGCGCGCGGACUCCUCGCUGGGCUGAGCGACGCGUUCGCGCUGACGCCGCGCCGGCCCGCUGCCGGCAGCGCCGGGAAGCGGCACCGACCGUAACGAUCUAGAACCCAGGCUGACGUCACCCGUCACCCAGUUCCCCGUUCUGAGAUUUUACAUUUCAUCAAUUCAGCUGCGUUUCAAUCAAUCAAUCAAUCAAUCAAUCAGUUUUUAUUUAAAGUGCAGAAUCACCAUGCAGCGUGGUCCCAAUACGCUUUACUAAUGAUGCAGAACAGAGAUGCAUUAGAGAAAAAGCUUCACGCGCUUUCAGACGAAACCGUGAAAAGGCGCGGCCGUGGCCGUUUGGAUGCGCAGAGGGGUCUGUCUGUGUCUGGGGUUGGCUCUCCUUCCUUUGCAAUAGUGCGUGAUUGGGAUUGGGAUAUCCUGUGAGAACGGGAUGAAGGAUGGUUCGCACGUCACAUGUCAGAUCUCACACGUGCGGCCUCUGCUGGGUCGCGCACACACACACACACACACGCGCACACACACACACACACGCACAUACACGAAUGUGAGCCCUUUACUGCUGCUCUUAGCGAAACCUCUGAUGAAUGUGUCUAAUGUUUUCCGUUCUUACUCCAGAGGGUAAAAAAUAACUCAAAUUCAGUUCAUUGUUGGAAUGCUAAUAACAGAAGUAUGAGAUAGCUGAGUGAAUUUGGAAAUUGAGGGCUUUCAUUUGGAAAAUAAGAGUGGGCUUACCAACACAGUUUAAAAAAAAAAAAAAACAAUGCUUUUGUGUCAGUGUGUGUUUUUUCUCUGUUCCUGGUAAUGGAAAAAUCUAAAAUCAGUUCUUCCUUUUCAAUUUAUUCCUGAAUAAAUAGAUAUAAUUAGUUUUGGAGAUUCAUUUCCUGUAGCCCUUUAUACCAGCAAUAUUGGUUUAUCCUUGACAGAAGUGUUUAGUGGUGGUGUGACACUCAAAUAAUCAUCAGUUGAAAGUAAAGUCAAAUUUCUAAGAAACAUUUCUAGAACAAAUAGAAUUCCACUGACAAAAUAUUGGCAGAAAACUAGUGGAAUCAUUGCCUCAGUGGAAAGAGAAUAUGAUAAUGAUCAAACAGGCUAGCUGCGAAUAUAAACGUUUCCAAAGAACUCCCACAUCCUUUUUUUAGCAUUCAUUGGAAGCAAGCAGUCAGUUCCCAUCCCCUUGCUGAUGCAGGCUUCCCUGCAGUGCCCUGGAAACCUCGCAGUCGACCCACGCCGGAUAUGUUCUUCUAUCCGUGUCUUUGUUCACCGAUCGUUAGUGUCUUUCAUUCGGAAUUCCCACUCUUCAUGAUUGUAAGCGCUCUUUGAAAGUUUAAGUUUGAUGCUGGUAUGCGGUCAGAGUAGCUCUGGGCAAAGGCCCAAGCCGUAAACAUCACAAGUGGUCCAGGGGGGUAUUUCACAAAGGAGGAUUACCCAGUUGGCUUGGAUAACUGAGAUAAGUAAAUCCUGGAACAGCUCUUUUUUAAUUCAGUCCAUGAUCCAGAUUUGGGAGUGUUUCCAGGUUUUACUCGGUGCAGUUAUCCAGCUAACUCUGUAAUUCUGCUUUGUGAAACAGGGCCCAGAGCUGCCAGUGUGAUUCGCAAAUACAGUUUGGGACUACAUGCUAGGACUGAAAGCUCUGCAGCUGGUCAUCCCUUAAAGGCACCUUAGUGCACGAAUGGACAUUGUGAGCAGAAGCAUGGAGGUUUGGGCCUAGUCCUGGGAAAAGCCAUAAAUCCAUGUGAAGGCUGGUCCUGGAGAGCUGGAGGGUGUUUUGGUUUUUGUACUUGCCUUAAAAUCAUCAACCAAUGUAAACCCACGAAACCAUUUGAGGUGAGAUUACUGUGCAAUCAGCAACUUCAGUUGAUCCAUUGAAUACUGAGUGAGAGGAAAGCCAGCAUGCCCUGUGGCAGUCCAGGACCAGGGUUGAGGAUCCUGACAUAAGUGCGAGUCUGAUUGAAAUGGUACAUUUGUUGCCUGGCCAGCAGGGAGCGACGCAUACCGUGCACUCCCAGGCACUGUGAUGCUGCAGUCGUACUGGAAGGUGGUUCCAGUGAACCCGUAGCUGGGCCGUUAGCUGUGCUCCUGUCAUCGAGAGCCCGUCUGCAUCUGGAAAGUCUGCGGACGCUGCCAUCAGCAGCAGAUGGCGGCAGCAACAGAACAUGGGGCGAGAGUCCACCAGAGCCUAAUAAAGGCCACCCAUAGAUUGUUCAUUGAAUAGGUUUCGUUCAUUUGGCACGAUCCAUGCAUCCAGCUUUGGGGGCGGUCCUUGGCUAACCCCACCCACCAAUCGCACAUCGCUGUCACGCUGCUGUGACGCUAGUGAACCCAGCUGGUGCGCUACUCCUUUAGUCACACGUUUUCUAAUGGUGCACUUUAGAAAAUUCUGUACUGUAUUCGAAAGCCCACUAAUGCGGUCAACCCCAGAUCCUAGUGCUAACUUGUAAGUACUUGUGAUGCACUUGAUACUAUUUGUGAACAGCAUUUGCUCCCCCCUCCACCCUUUUUUUUUUAGUGAAAUUUCUUUGUUGACUGAAUUAUUGUGUCUGUGGUCAUUCUCUUAGCGAAGAAUUCUUAGCCGCCACCAUUGGUGGGGGUCAGUGUACAGCAUCGUGGGCGCAGCAAACGCGUCAGUGCGAAGAGUUGGGUCCUUUGCCGAAGCGGCUGAGCCGCAGCGUGACGGUGUGUGCAGUCGACCGCCUGGUGCUCCAAUGGCUGCCGUGAUGGCUCGCUGUGAAGGGCCUAGAAGACCUGCGUCGUGCCCUGCCUGUUUGAAUUUUACAGGACAAAAGCAUGACCUUGCUCUGUGUGUUCAUAUUUCUAGCUGUGACCCACAACCCCCCCCCCCCCUUCCCCCCCGAACAAUGCCCUCCUUCCCAAAACCCCAUAAUUUUCUGUUUUGUAAGCUUGUUUUUGUAUUUAAUAAAUGUGUUAGAAAUAA